CGUAGUCAUGGCAACGAGAGGGCGCUACUAACUACUAGACAAACAGUCUGUGACGUUGGUUAAAUAUUAUCCAGUUUAACAUUUUUUCACUAGUCAAUAAGUGAUAAACUUCUUUUUAACUUGGUGAAUGGUUUCAAAGGAGGCGGGAAGAAGUUAGCUAACAGUAACGGCUGCAAAAGUAGAGCAGGAUAAACGUUUCUAAAUGUGUGCAAUGUGCUAAGACUCACUAGUAAGUAGUAAUAGGUGUGAGUAAUGAAGCCUUUAUCAUUGAGCAAUAUCCUACACGACCGCAAGGGGGUGAGAUAUUCUACAAAGCAGCUUUGUCAAAGUGAAUGCCACAGAAGCUUCAGAGUACCUCAUCCUUCGACCCAGGACUGAAGGAAAGGGAUCGUCCCUGUUCCCCUUUGUAACAUGAUGCAGUUGCACAACCUGAUUUCAGUUGUCAGUAAGACGGGAAAGGCCAGGACAUUAGGAUGGAAGUGGUAUUCCAUGGAUCAGGGGAUAUCUAGAGAGGGCAGAGACCUUCAGGAUGGGAAAUGCAUGUGCAACUUUUCCAGAUUCUAGUUGAAAAGCUUGUUAGAGCAACAUGAGCUGGAGCUUUCUCACUCGUCUCCUGGAAGAGAUCCACAACCACUCCACCUUUGUGGGUAAAGUGUGGCUGACGGUGCUCAUCAUCUUCCGCAUUGUGCUCACAGCUGUCGGAGGUGAGUCCAUCUAUUCGGACGAGCAGACCAAGUUCAUCUGCAAUACCAAGCAGCCAGGUUGUGACAACGUAUGCUACGAUGCCUUUGCCCCUCUCUCGCACGUUCGCUUCUGGGUCUUCCAGAUCAUCAUGAUCUCCACUCCCUCCAUCAUGUACAUGGGUUAUGCCAUCCACAAGAUAGCCCGAAGUUCAGACGAGGAGCGGAGGAAGCAACACAGGCUACGCAAAAAGCCUUCUCAUCAUUCCAGAUGGAGAGAGAGCCACCAUCUAGAGGACGUCUUAGAGCAGGAUGAAGAUGAUGACGCUGAGCCCAUGAUUUAUGAGGAUACACUGGAGGUGCAGGAGGUCAAGCCUGAACCAGUGAACAGCACUAAAGACCCACCAAAACAUGAUGGCCGUCGAAAGAUUAUGCAAGAAGGCCUGAUGAGAAUUUAUGUUCUUCAGCUGAUGUCACGAGCUAUUUUUGAAAUAGCCUUCCUUGCAGGACAGUACCUCCUCUAUGGUUUUCGAGUUAGCCCUUCAUAUGUAUGCAACAGGGUCCCCUGUCCACACAGAGUGGACUGUUUCAUCUCCAGGCCCACAGAGAAAACAAUCUUCCUUCUCAUUAUGUAUGUGGUAAGCUGUCUUUGUCUCAUACUAAAUGUGUGUGAGAUGCUUCACUUGGGAAUUGGCAGUUUUCGAGAUACCCUUCGCAUGAAGAGGAUCCGGGGAAGACGGACAUCUUAUGGCUACCCGUUUUCUCGAAACAUCCAAGCCUCCCCUCCUGGGUACAACCUUGUGAUGAAGACAGACAAACCUACCAGGAUCCCCAACAGCCUCAUCACCCACGAGCAGAACGUGGCCAACGUAGCCCAGGAGCAGCAGUGCACUAGCCCAGAUGAAAACAUCCCUUCUGAUUUGGCAAGCCUACACCGACACCUACGGGUGGCCCAGGAACAGCUCGAUAUGGCCUUUCAAACAUAUCAAACCAAAACCAACCAGCAAACUUCCAGAACCAGUAGUCCUGUAUCUGGGGGCACCAUGGCAGAGCAAAACCGAGUCAAUACAGUACAGGAGAAACAAGGAGCCAGGCCGAAAUCGGCCACAGACAAGGGAGCAAGCAUUGUAAAAAAUGGAAAGACCUCUGUCUGGAUCUAGAGAUAAAUCUAAUUUAGUAAAUUAACAGUAAAAACCUUUAGAACUCCAGGACUGCACUGUGACACGGUGAGGAUGUGAGUGCGUGAGAGAUGCGUCUUUUAACAACUGAGAAUUUCAAUCACACCAGCUGAAGGAGUACAAUACACCAUUUUGGGGAAUAAAAAAGAAAACACACAUGGUGAAAUUAUCAAAUCCAGUAUCAUAAAUCUUCUUUGUUACUGUUUGCGUGUCAUUUUGUGCUUGCCAUAGCCUUUGGACAUCAUUAACAUGUGCUUACUUCUACAUCUCUAAUUCCAGCUAAAAUGUUGAAGUAUAAACAGACUGCUUCGAGGUAUUUAUCUGAUCUACCCUUGACUGCCGCUGAACUGGAUUCAUUUGAAGAAACUUAAUUUUGUAAGUGUGCGAUUGUAACCUCAAUCCAAAAUUUAAAAAUCGGUGAAAAACACUGUACAAAUGCACAGUGACUCAUUUUAAAAGAACGUUGAUUGUUGGAGAGAUGCAUGUUUAGUAUUUGGGGGAAGUAUUUUUGGAUGUAGUAUGGACGAGUGUUGCUGGAAGCAGAUUAAAUGUGAAAUAUUUUGAUAAAGAUAAUGAAACAGGGCUGUGUCACCAUAGGCUUUUUUAGUAAACAUUUUUUCAGUGUGAUGAUCUUCAGUCAUUGCGUGCAAAGAGUUUAUCUAUUAUAUAUUUUCCAAAGCCUUGCAGUGUCACAUCUGAAGAGGUAAGUGAAUAGAAAAUAUAAAUUAUUUUCCAAACUAAAUACUGAGUUUCUGCAAUCUGAAGCAGAUGAUGCAUGCUUUACAACUGGGAAUAGUAUACACAUAGGCUACAGUAGAACCCCACAUCCUUAGCUAUUCAAUUAGCUCUACAUUUAUCGUAUAUUUAGUCAUGUUAGGCUUUUCUGUCAUUGAAGCAGUAUGUUCCUAGACUUGGUUUCAGAGUAAUAUUUAAUCCUGCCUUCACUGUUGUCAUACUUCAAAGUGCCUCAAACGUUUAAAGACUGUUCUAGUAUUUUAUUCAUGAAGAAAUAAACUUAUUUGA